AUGAUCCACACGGGCGAGAAGCCGCACAAGUGCGCCGUGUGCGGGCAGGCCUUCAUACAGAAGUGCGCGCUCAACCGCCACAUGAAGGACCUGCGAAACCACCGCAUGAUCCACACGGGCGAGAAGCCGCACAAGUGCGCCGUGUGCGGGCAGGCCUUCAUACAGAAGUGCGCGCUCAACCGCCACAUGAAGGACCUGCGCAACCACCGCAUGAUCCACACGGGCGAGAAGCCGCACAAGUGCGCCGUGUGCGGGCAGGCCUUCAUACAGAAGUGCGCGCUCAACCGCCACAUGAAGGACCUGCGCAACCACCGCAUGAUCCACACGGGCGAGAAGCCGCACAAGUGCGCCGUGUGCGGGCAGGCCUUCAUACAGAAGUGCGCGCUCAACCGCCACAUGAAGGACCUGCGCAACCACCGCAUGAUCCACACGGGCGAGAAGCCGCACAAGUGCGCCGUGUGCGGGCAGGCCUUCAUACAGAAGUGCGCGCUCAACCGCCACAUGAAGGACCUGCGCAACCACCGCAUGAUCCACACGGGCGAGAAGCCGCACAAGUGCGCCGUGUGCGGGCAGGCCUUCAUACAGAAGUGCGCGCUCAACCGCCACAUGAAGGACCUGCGCAACCACCGCAUGAUCCACACGGGCGAGAAGCCGCACAAGUGCGCCGUGUGCGGGCAGGCCUUCAUACAGAAGUGCGCGCUCAACCGCCACAUGAAGGACCUGCGAAACCACCGCAUGAUCCACACGGGCGAGAAGCCGCACAAGUGCGCCGUGUGCGGGCAGGCCUUCAUACAGAAGUGCGCGCUCAACCGCCACAUGAAGGUUGGUUGUAUGGUACACUGCUACUAA